AUGCAUGACGCCCCAUUUCCUUCGGCGCACGGGCGUCGUAUCCCCCGCCAACCCCGUGCGAACUCAUGGGUCAUGUACCCCCCUGCCGCGGGAAUGGACAAGGUCGCUCCCUGUAAUAGGGAAAGUCGUCCUGUGGCCCCCUUGUGGGCUCCCGACUUUCUGACGACGAUUUCGUUCGGUGGGGCACUCUUGGGGCGCGUCCCGGUCGAGGCCGCGUGGUACGGGGGCGGGGGGCUGCGAUCGGCGCACGUAGUUCCGUCAGAACUAUCCGCGGCUAGUUCUCGUUUCCGAUUUGCCCGUGUCCCUGCGACGGACGUGUUACGGUCCUUCCGUCCUUCCUAUCCAUUCAGGAACCCCUGCGCACCACGUCGCGCUGCCUCCGUAGGCCUUCGUUCUUUUCCCCUGCAAAAUGAACUGUCUACCGUCGCCAUAGCGGUGUCGUAG